AUGUUCAGACUGCUGGCAUUUGUCCUGCUGAGCGGCUCCGGUUGUACCGGCUGGUGGAGCAACAGUAGUGUUCCUGAGCCUGAAGGCCCUUGGAAGGCAUGGGCGGGGGAACAUGUCCCAACAGCUGUCUCUCGUUUUGAUCAGCUGGCGGAAGCCUAUCAGAGCGUUAGAGAGACUUUGUCUGGAUGGGGUGGAUAUCCCGUGGACUGGGGAAUCUGGUCGAUCUUCGACGGACUUGUCGGACUGGCUGGCUGGGGUCUUUUCGGUUCGGUUUGGGGAGACGUCAAAACAGGCUGUCGUCGGUUGAUCCAAAUCGUGAUCGUCCUGACCCUGUGCGUGGUGGCUCACUAUGUCUGGGCAAUCUGCUGGCCCAUCGUCUCCCUGGUGAUAGCAAUCGUGAUGACAUUCAUCUGGGUUGUGAGAAAGGUGGUCAGAGUAGCUGGGCGAGUGAUGUUUCAUCUUCAGCGGGCCUGCGGUGGAACUCCGGAGGCGUUGGAUGCAGAGUACUACGGUCCGGGCACUGGAAGCGUACCCGAGACGUCUGAGCUCAGGAAGUUCAAGUACCUUAGCUCUCAGGAGAAGUGGGUCGUCGUGCGGAGAGGCAGCGAGGUUGCAGUCUUCAAGGUGAGCCCAGAUGCUCAAACAAUCAGGUCCAGUGGUCUCUAUGUGGGAAUAGAACCUGACACCCUUCGGGGAACUGCAUCGCUGCUUCGAGAUCUGCAAGGGCAUGACAAACUUCACCUAUGCAGGAAUGAGUCUUGUCCAGAGGAUGGACAGCAUUUCAAGUCCUAUGGAUUGGCCCGCAAGUAUGAUCCGGAGAAGUUUGAACUGGCUUUGGCGGCUCAGGGUGCGAAGGAUGCUGGCGGGCUUCUAUGGAAGUGGGCGUGGAAGGGCUCACAGGUCGUCAAAGGGAAGUUGGCAGACUUUGGCUCUGAGUCCGAGAAUGAGGCACUGGUUUGCAAUGCCCAUCGCAUUCGAUGGUCCACCGCUGAGGGAGAUGCCUUUUUGAGCGCCGGGCCUUGCACUGCACCUGCCAAAGAGCAGGUCCCUCUUUUGAUCGAGGACGAACCGUCCCCGGGCAUGGUAGGAUGUUUUUGUCCCACUCAUGUGAGUAAGUAUGUUACCCAGAGGUACAUGUUUAAGUGUUGUCAAACUGACUGCAAACGCUUGGGUCGAGCUUCAACUGGAGGGCUGCAUGUGUGUUGGCACCACGAGCCGGGAGCGACUUCGAGGAGGUCGAGAUCGCGUUCUCGAGACCGUCGGGGCCGAGAAGAUGUAGGUGAUGUUCAUGAACGUGACACAGAACCAGUACAAGCACCUCCGGAAGUACCAGAACCCCAACUUCAGCGCUUGUUGGAUGAGUUGAAGGACCUCAAGGAGAGUUUGCCCCGUGAGAAGGAGAUCAAAGAGCAAGAGGAACCGUUGCCGCGAAAGAAACGGUUGGCAUCAAGAUCGCCAGGCGUCACUCCGAAGUCUUCUGUGCAUCGACAUCUGGCAAAGCUUGGGAUGCUAGACUCACCAGAUGGAGGAGAUCACCGAAACUGGUUGGAGGAGUUCUUCGAACGUUAUGCCCAAGGACGAGAAGUUGAUCUUCCAGAGGGACAAGUUCGGAGGGCCAUGGCUGAGGAGAAAGGUGUUGGGUUUUCCGAGCUGAGCAGGAUCCUUCAUGGUCUGGGUGUUGCAGAGCAGUCCAAAGGUCAGAAAGGGCUGACGAAGUUCCUGUCCAAGUGGAGAGCUGAUUUUGAGGACGAUGAGGAGCUUGGGACACCCUCGCCAGGGACAAGCUCCAUUCCUCACUCUUGGAGUUUGGUCGCAUCGGAGGCACCUUCGAAACCUUCUACCCCGCCGGGUCUGUCCAGUGGACCGGUGCAAGUGACAGAGAAGCCAGGGCCCCCUUUGAUGAUUGGGAACCCCACUAUCUUUGGCAAAGAUCGGAAGGCAGGAGCUGCUACAACAGGUUUGGGCACAGACACCAUGGCAGUCUUGGCGCAGGCGAUUCAGUCUCAGACGGCAGAGCUGGCGUCGUUGGUCAAGGCACAGUCUGAGCAAACCUCCCAUCCUCAAGGAACAGUGAAGGGUUUGAACCGGUUGUCUGAGGAGAUGGUUUUCGUCAUCAGAGCCUGCGAUCAGUACUCAGUGUCAGUGUGCCCAGGAGAGGUUGGAUCCAGCCUUGCGAACGCACUGUUGUCAGCGCAGGUUGGAGCAGCCACGAAGCUGAGGGCCAUGGGUUUUCGUCAACGCAUGACAACACGGUUGGCAGUGGGCUUGGCGGGGCCGUAUUGGGGUUCUCAGGAGAAGUGCUGUCUAGGUGCUUCGGACUUCAUCCAGUACACCGACGCAGAGCUGGACGCCUUCGCUGUGGAACGAGGAGGCAAAGGUGCAGUUGAUCAGAAGCCGGCUGCGCCAACGAAAUUGGAGGACUGGACGGCCAGGGUGAAGAGACAAAAUGAGAUUUGGAGGUUGGUCUAUGGUGAAGAGUGGAAAGAUGUCCGAGAGCAUGCAGCCGACACUUUGGCUGGCUGGCACCAGGAGUGUCCCCACAAGUGGCCCCUGGGCAUCAUCAUGGAGGCUUGGGAAGAGUUGCAUUGGAGGUUCCUGGAGGAGAUCAAGGAGCUCAUCAGAGGCAUCAAGAAAAUUGCCAAGAGGGAGAGCAUGAGCUUGCAGGAGUUGCGCUUCUAUGCACUGCUGCCGGGACCGGAUGGGCAAGCUUGGUUGAAGUUGCCCAACACCUUCGACAUCCGCAAUCCGGACGGGUGGUUCAAGACUGAGUUGGAGCCGAGGAUCGAACGGCAGCAGGAACGAGCUCUAUGGCGGCUCACCUGGGACGGAGGUCGACGAGAUCGAGGGCAUCCCGCUGGAGGAGAUGGUGGAGCACAAGGGAACUAUGCAGCCGGCGACAAGGGAACAAAAACCCUUCUCGGCCCCAAGCUGACCGCCGAGGAAGUCAACAGGGCGCGUGACAGAGCUCCUGUUGACAAGGGUGGAACACUUCUUUGUUGGUCCCACCUGACGCACCAGGGUUGCUCGUCCCAGAGUUGUCAGAGGUCCCAUGAACCUUUGAAGGGAAGCUUCGAACAGCUGGACCCAUGUGUGAGGAUGCAACUCCUCAAGAGAGGUGGGUUGAAGAGGAUGAAGAUCGAGACCAAGGAGAGCGUCGAGCACAAGAUCAAGGAGAUCCGGGCUGCAAUUCAAGCUGACAAGGCCGAGAAGAUGUCCAAGCCCAAGAGAAAGGCUGGCGAAGGGGAUGGGCAACCACCCUCGGAGCCUGCGACUGAUGGGAAAGCUGGUGGACAGAGAGCCACAACUGUGCGCUUUUGGGACAUUCCCGAGGAGUUUGAAGCAGUGGAUUACACCAAGCAGGAGGACAUCAAGGAUCUGAUACGUCAACCCGACCAAAGCUGGGGAGUUCCGGAUGCUCAUCAAGGACGUCCUCAUUACGGUGGCGAAAAUGAGGCCCCUGCUGAAGCGGUGAGCUUGGUGCAACGUGCCCGAGAACUUCAAACCGGGCCUGUUUUGUCGGCUUUGAUCAAUGCAUCGGACGACCUGUACUCAUGGGCGGCUACCAGAGUGGCCAAAGACCCCGCCAUCUCAUUGGAGGAUUUGUUGGAGGAGAUGCAGCUGUUUGGAGCUGCUGAUUUGGCAGCAGAAGCGGCGAGCCUCAUGGAAAAGACCCCCAUGAGGAUGAAGGCAGGAGAACAAGUGCGGCUCAUCGUCAAGGACACGUUGUGGGCACCAGGUGAACCGGGACAGGGUGGCUUCGAGCUUGACGGAAUAUCCUGGAGGACCUGGGACUACAUGGAGGACAUCGUGAUGGACGAGGAGCUGGCAGCUACUCUGGGCUUGGUCGAGCCGGUGGAUGAAAAGCGCCAGUGCGUCACAAGACUGUGGCGGCAGGUGUGCUUAGCAGGAGGUUGGGACGCAGACCCACCCUUGAGGAGGUCGCUGAAGAGGCAAGGGCGCUACGUUUGGAGCAAACACGGCUUGCACUGGAAGCAAACUCCCAGAUGGGUCAGGACGCCUGUUGGUGGAGGCCGUCGUGGGAGGCAUUGCAAACCCAGUCGUCGAGCUGGAGAAGUCUCGGUGGAACUCAGACGCCACAGCCAUCUAGCCGCUUUGGCCACUGUUGCUGGGGGCAUGGAUGUGUCCGACACAACGGUCAUUCGAGGAAACCACACGGAGGGCUUGGUGCUGAGAGAAUUGUUCGCUGGCCAUGCAACCUUGACGGCAGAGUGGCGAAGACAAGGAGGAAAGGCUUUGGAGCCAGUCGAGGUCUUCACGGACCCACAUAUGAAAAGUGGCUACAAUGGAGACCACGACCUUCUUCGCCCUGAAGUUCAACAAGCUCACUUGGCCAGAGCGAGGCAUGGUCCGGAGAACGUUGGAUGGGUGGCAGCACCAUGCACGAGUUAUUGUGAUUGGAACAUUGAGAAUGGUGGCUCCCGCACGUUCAGUCAACCUGCCGGGGGAGAUGGGAAACCCUUGACCGAUCGAGAGCAUGAAGGAAACCAGCUGUCAGAGUUCGGAGCGCUGUACUUCACCACGAUGCUGGACAACGGCGGUUUUCCCUUCGCGGAGAGUUCUGGGAGCAAUGGGACUUACCAUGCUGGCAAACGGUCUUACGAACAUGCCUUCUACCAGCACUUGACCCGGGUCGUCUUCAAAAAGAAUGCGGCGGUGAGGGCCGCCCUAUCACGUCGAUGCCCCGGAGUUGGCCCAACUCACAAACACGUUCCACUCAAAGGGUCCAGACCUGGCAGUCGCACCACACGAUGCACGGAGGCUGGGGUCUAUUGUGAGCAAUUUGUGAAGACCAUUGUGGAUGUGGUUCGGAGCAAUGUGGUUGUGGGGGGGGUCAGUCUUUUCACCUUGGACAGACCUCUGAGUGAAAAGGACAAGGCUGGAGGGCGCACGGUCAUUGACGUUGACGAAGAGGAGGAGCUCUUGGUGGUUGAGGAGGUGCCUGAAGAGUCCGUCUUGGUGGUCGAGGAGGUGCCUGAAGAGUCCGUCGCCAGUGAAGCAGAGAGCACUCAUCUGGAUCAAGGCCACGACGAGAAAGAGGAGAAGGAACCCGAAGAGAUUUCUCGUAGAGCUGGCCAACCUGUUGAGAACUUGGAUGAGGUGGGAGGAGCAUGGCAUUUGUUGAAUGAAGUGCCCCAUGACUUCCAACCAUUCAGCAUUGCCUUUGAACCUUCGGUUUCAAUGGUGGCGACGGGGGGCGAAGAUGGUCCGGAUUUGGGUGAUGUUCCAACGCCUGAAGCGGCAAUGGACAGGCAGGCCUGGCAUGAGUUCAAUGAUGUCAAUGAGUUCGAUGAGGUCAUUGAAGCGUACAUCUACGGACAAGAUGGAGAAGAUCCCAACGACAGCAGGUUGGACAUGACCUUUGGUUUGGAUAACCCAAAAAACUAUGGACCGAAGAUCUUCUUGCCGGAUGGCAGGGACUAUUUCCGACUUGGAGAAGGUCACUUGGUGGUAUACCAUGUGGAGCCCAGGAAGCACUACUUCGUUCCCUACCCGGUCUUUGGCAACGAUCAGGGCUUCGGACCGGUUGACCUUCGCAGUGAGAGGCUCAGUGUGUGCAAAUACCACGGGAGAGGCCCGUUUCGUUUGCUCACGGUGGGCCAUUAUCAUGAUGAUUGGAGAGAGAAUGGGGAGCGGGACCCAGAUCUGGGUUACUGGGUCGGCUACAGUGUCUUCACGUUUGAGGGAUGGAAUCUCCCAUGGUAUGAUGCUUUCUAUGGAGAUGGCGACCUUGGCGGAGAGGAGGACGAUCCCGACGAGAACGAUGAGGAUUGGAACGAAGACGAGGAGGAAGAGUCCGGUGAGUCGGAAACCUCGUCCACGAGCUAUGGCACUCUGACACCACGAAGUCGGUCACUCCGAAGAGCAGGGGGGUGCAACAAUUCCUCAGCUGUUGGACAGAAGGCCCGGGACUAUGUGAAGGUCAUCCAAUCCCUGGGCAAAGGGACUGCAAAGGACUGGGCGGAAGUGCUUCAAUGUGGAGAUGAACUUUUGACUCUGGCAGGAGGAGUGAAGGAGGCCGCCGAGGCUUUGUGGCAUGUUCGAAAGGAACAGGACCUGGACAACCUCAGAGGGGUGCAGGACAAGGUCUUGGAUGGAUUGAUUCACCCGCUCUUGCUGGACUAUUUGCGGUCAGUGGAAGAGAAGGGCAUGGUGGCACGGCAUCCUGGUUCAACGGAAAGAGUCGAAGCUGGUCUUCAUCCCAAUGCGAAGGCUCACCUGGACCAGGUCUACAAGCAGAUCUUCAAAGAUGUCAGAAAGCACCGGGUCCUGGUUGUGCGCAAGGACAAUGUGGCGCUGGGCAACACAGUAUCCUCUCCGUUUGAAGCUGUCGACAAGAUGCUACCAGAUCGGUCGAUAGCCCCGGACAAACGGGUGGUCCAUGAUCAGAGGCAGGUGAAUCAAGCCACGAGCAAAUGGUGGCACCCCCCGGCUUUGCAACCGACACAUCAACAGAUCGCCCGUCGGGUACUAUGGCACAAGACUCGUUUCCCUGGCAUUGACGUGGUGAUCUGCAAGAGGGACAUUGCUGGAGCAUUCCGCCUCUUGUGGCUGGCUCCAAAGGACGCUCACCUGUUUGCAGGAGAUCUUCCUUGGAAGGAGGAGAUGAUGGAGCAGGACACCGAGGGCAUUUAUGCGGAGGGCAACCAUGAGAAGAGUGAGAUGACGGUCAUCUACUUGGUGUCCAGCUUUGGGUUCAGCGGCGCGCCCGGCGAGUGGACGGCCUUUGGAAGGGCAACGGAGGAGUACCAUCGAGCCCAUCGGCCAGGUGAAUCCAGGAGGGAUGGACUCGCAGGCUUUGACGCAAAGAUCCUGGUCGAUGACAUGGUGCUGGUCGAACCUUUGAUCGGCCUGAGGCCGUGGACGUCUGCCAGCUGCUAUGACGAGGGUGUUCGGCUGAUGCUUGGAAAGGAUGCCGUGAACGAGGAGAAGAACCUGCUUGAAGGUGCCUACAAGGAAGAGCAAACCAUCUGGGGAUUGAACAUCAACACCAAGGAGGACAGGGCGAGCCUUCCGUCGCGGCGCAUUGAGAAGGGAGCUCAUUUGUUGGCGCACCCAGCCUUCGACUUCGACUCCAAGGUGCUCACCCUGAGACAGCUGCAGCAGUUUCGAGGUAUCGCCACCGGGUGGGCGGUGGUGGUGAGGGGCUUGAAGAAUGAGCUCAAGGCCGCGGAUGUGUUCCUCACCUGUGGAGAUGGUUCCAUGCCGGUCACGCCAAGAGUCUUGAACUACACAAAUGAGAAGGCUGCCGGAGAUCGAGCGUGGGAUGACCUUUGGGCUCUUUUCGAAGUGUGUCGUUGGCUUUGUGCAAGACCGGAGAUGUGGGAAGCUCAGUUUGGAGCGACCCUGGACGAGCUUUUGGAGCCAAGGGAGCGACUUUGUCUACCAGGAGGACACCGACAUGCAGUGUUUGUCUCGGCGGAUGCUACUCCGUCCAUGGUUGGGGCCCUCGACUGGACGAACAAGCUGGCAGCUCAGAUGAGCACAUCGGAGAUGGGCCCAUGGCUCCGUGAAGCUUUGAAAGGGGAGCAGGAUGAGGACAAGGUCAGAAUCCAUGUGAGCGAGAUGCUCGCCUUCACGGCACUGGCCGCUACAUGCGGGGUGAAGUGGGCUGGAAAGGUGGUCAUCUAUGCCGGUGACAAUACGGUGGUGAGGUCGUGGAUCACCAAACGUCAAAGUGGUUCAAGGGCAGGACGGUUAUUGCUCAGAGUGCUGGCCAUGUGUGAGAUGAGGUAUGGCUUCACAGUGGUGGCUGGAUGGUGGAGAACGUUCCACAACGUCGACUCCGACUUUGUGACCAGGUGCACGAGGGAGGAGUUCGAGAAGUUCAUCGAAACCAAGGGCUGGUCGGAAGUUCGAAUGCAGGAACCCAUCGAGCUGGCCUUGAAAGACACCGAGAAGUUUGGGCCCUGUUUCCUGUCAUGGGCAGAUCCUGAGGAUCGGAGAUUGAUCAUGCAGUUGAAGGAACAGCGUGUGAAAAGGGCCAUCGACAAACCGAUUGGUUGGAAGUGGUCUGACAUCGAAGUUGUUGAGUGGACAACCCAUGGCAGAAAGGUCAAGGACUUCGAGGUGGUGGCAAGAGCUUGCGGAGCCGCAGGCAGUGGACAGGGCAAGUGCAAGAUUGUGAUGGGCACCAUUGGCUGUGAUUUGAAGGGGACGAGCUUGGAGUCCUUUCUCAAGUACACCAAGGAGCUGAAAGGUUUGGUUGGCGUCGUCGAAGGGCCAUGCUUGGCCAAUUGGAGCUGUGCCCAAACGUGGUGUGAGAAGGCCGGAUGGGCUUGCAUCAUGGUGGAGUAUUUGACCACAGAGUUUGGUGAAGCAUUGGCUCGCAGGCGGAAGGCGCUCAUGGCGGUCGCCAAAGUUUUGGAGGACAAGCUCACUGAAGAGCCACUGGUGAGGACCGUGGUGGCUACUCCUUUGGGCACUUUGAUCAAACCUGGCGAGGUGUGGAAAGGGCUGGCCUGGGAGAAGCCCGCUCGUUUCUCACUGACACAGGGCGUUCCCAGAGACCCUUUGCUACCUCAUGUGGCUGCUCACCUGUUUUGGGUGGAGGAGGGUGACAGAGUGAACAUUCAUGGACUUUCUGGACCCGGGAAGUGGCCGCUGGUGGACAAGAACACGGGCAAGUAUGAACAGUUGUACGUCUAUGACAGGGCGGCCCCUGAGGGACACGUACGACCGCUGAGUUUUGAAGAAGUGUGGAAGGCGCAGGGCCGCAGCCCUCAUGAAUGGAUCGAGGCUGUCGAGAACGCCGGUGGGGAGGAGGCAGCCUAUGCGGAGGGCUGUAGGGCCACAGGCGUGAGAACCGCCGAAUCUUUGCCGGCGUGGGCUGCAACUGUCGCACAUGGGCGAGGAGCACAAGUUGCAGGUGCAAUCAGAGACGGGCCACAGGAUGAAAGCCUGGCUAGGCUGCUGAUCUGGCUUCGGUUGUGGAAAAGAGGCGAGUUUGGGCAAGAAAGCGACUCAUGGAAGGCUGGUGGAUGCCGAAGAGCCACCGUCAGUCGACUUGGGGAAGCUUUGUGGCUUGAGGUCUUGGAAGAUGAGGAGAACUUUGUGGAGAACCACGAUCGGAAAGCCGGCGGUCGUCGAGGAAGGGCAGCGCUCAAGCAAGAGGCAGAAUCGAAGUUGGGCGUUGGAGAUCAAGGGCAGGGCUUUGACGGUGACGUUCAUGGCAAGGUUGAGGAUUGGCUGGAGGCAAACCUAUGCGGGGACAAGGCCGACAGCACAGCAAAGGCAUAUGCUGGAGCCUGGAGCAAAUGGUGCAUUUGGACGGAAAGGCAACAGUGGCCGAGUCACUACCUCAACCCGAAGGAGGACAAGCUGGAGAAUGAGAACAAGAUUCUGGCGUUUUUGGGCUACUUGGGAUGGCUCAACUUUUCCUCGGCGAGCCUGAAACAGGCAGUUUUCGCAAUCAAGGAUGCUCACAAGAGGGCAGGCGCUGGCGACCCUACAGAGGGUCAAUUUCGGUUGUGGGUCCUGAUGAAUGGGCUGGACCGUCGGGCUGCCAGAAAACCACGCAGGUUGGGCGUCACACCGGCAAUGCUGCAGUGGGUGGGACGGCAGUUUGCAGGGUCUAUGAACCUUCGAGGAGAAGGACGAGUGGAUGGAGUCAUGGUCCAGGCGGCGCUCUUGACGGCGUGGUUCUUCAUGAUGCGAGCUUCGGAGUUCUGCGACUCGAAUGGGGUCAAUGUGGAUCAUGUGCUUCGAGGCUUGGAUGUGAAGUUGUCCAAGGAGGACGAACCAGUGGAGGUGGGCUUAGCCACAGAGGUCACAGUGCAGUUUCGGAAAACGAAGGCUGAUCAAGAGGCAUUCGGGUCGUGCAAGACUAUGGCCCGAACAGGAGUCGCCCACCUUUGUCCAGUCGAAGCAUUGGACGCCUAUCGGAAGGUGUGCCCUGGCCGUUUCCAAGGGGCGGAAGCACACAAGCCACUGUUCCGAUGGGGAAAUGGCACAAUGUUGAAAAGGGUGGAGGUCCAGUUUUUGCUGCAGAGGGCAGCCACAGCAGUUGGGCUUCCACCGGAAAGGUUCCUGUCGCACUCUCUGAGGAUUGGAGGAGCAAGUGCUUUGUUUCAAGCAUCGGCAGACAUCGAGCUGGUGAAACGCAUGGGGCGGUGGACGAGCAGCUCGGUGCAGAGAUAUUUGUAUGAUGGUGGGCAGGCCCUCAAGGAGCUAGCCGGAAAGAUGGCACAGGUGGACAAGAAGAUCCACUAUACUUGA